UAUAAUUUUUUCCAAGUAGUGAUAAUGUUUCUUAUCAUGAUGUGGUCCAGGCUGAGUGCUGCAAAAACUUAGAGUGGCUGUGUAAAGGUCUGAUCAAGGAUCACCAACAGCCAAGUGUACGCUACAUGCAGGAGUGGGGAGUGGCGCUCAUCACAAUAAUGUUCCCGCACCUCUUCCCCCACCUUCUUGCCCACUUCCUGAAGGGAACUAAAGAAAGAGUUGGUUGUGUUGGGUCAUUCUUAGCAGCACUGACUCAUGUGGCAUGUACUUCAGAGGAGGAGGAACUGUUGUGCCAGUCCAUCCAGUACACUUUGCCUUGGUGUAUGGCCCAACAUUUUAACACAAGACUCUAUGCUCAAGUAUCACUAAGAAAAAUAUGGCAUCACUGUGAAGCCAGAGGGAUAAAAGCUGUACUGGAGAAAUAUCCAGCUGUGCAGCAGUGUUUACAGUUUGUAGUAGAACAAGGCAAUGCUGCCAGGAACACACUCAACAUGCUCAAUGAUUUCUACUUCAAGGUCUUCCAUCCCAUACAACAUUAUACUCUUGAGGUAAACUGCUUACUGAUCAGCAUAGACCUAUUUUCAUAUUCAGUGGAGUGAGUGUAAUUUCUACUUACAAUCUGGCAGUCCUAUAAUUACCAUCCUGUUGUGCUAGCCAGUAUACUAGU